AAAUGUAAAGAGAGAGACACGAGACUUUGGCCAUUUUUUAACCCUUUUCCAGAGUUAUUGAUCCAAAAUCAGAUCUUUGGCUUCCUCCUUUCAAUCUCCCUGCCUACCUCAUCACUGUUGUCCACUGGAGUUUGCAUUUUAUGCUUUGAACUGCCUUGAACCUUUGAUUUGGGAAAGUUUAAAGAUUAAUUGGAUUAUUGGGGUUUUUAGUUUUAGGAUUUAGGUAGUUUAUUAAUAAAUGAAUGAGAAUUUUGUUUUAAUCAAUUUGAACUAAGAGGGUUAAAGGUAUUGUAGUUCUGGAGGGUUUCGAGUUAUCAUUUUGUGGUUCUCAUAUAUGAUUGAGAGAAAGAAGAUGGGGCAGGCUUCAGCAUUACUACUAGUUACAUUAGCUCUUGGUUUUUUCUUUGCAACAUAUAAUUUGAUAGCCAUGAUAAUGCACAAUAGAUCUGUUGGGCAAUGGAUAAGUGAUGAUUCAAAAGCUGGGAUAUUCUUUGAUCCUGUUAUUGAGAUGCCUGAAAAUGUGAAGAAGCCAAAAAAUGUCAGAUUGCCUGUCCAUGUUGCCUUGACGGCUACUGAUGCUCCAUACAGCAAAUGGCAGUGUCGCAUCAUGUACUAUUGGUAUAAGAAGAAGAAGGAUCUGCCUGGGUCAGAGAUGGGAGGAUUCACAAGAAUUUUACACUCUGGAAGUCCUGACAACUUGAUGGAUGAGAUUCCUACAUUUGUGGUUGAUCCUCUUCCUGAGGGUUUGGAUCAGGGCUAUAUUGUCUUAAAUAGACCAUGGGCUUUUGUGCAAUGGCUGGAAAAGGCUACAAUUGAGGAAGAAUAUGUAUUGAUGGCAGAACCUGAUCACAUCAUUGUAAAUCCCCUGCCAAAUUUGGCACAUGGAGAUUAUCCAGCUGCCUUCCCAUUUUUCUACAUUAAGCCUGCUCAGAAUGAACAACUGAUAAGAAAGUUCUAUCCAGAGGAGAUGGGACCUGUGAAAAAUGUUGAUCCAAUUGGCAAUUCACCUGUUAUUAUCAAGAAGGAUUUGCUGGUAAAGAUUGCUCCUACAUGGAUGAAUGUAUCUUUGAAAAUGAAAAAUGAUCCAGAGACUGAUAAAGCUUUUGGAUGGGUCCUGGAAAUGUAUGCUUAUGCUAUAGCAUCUGCUUUGCAUGGUGUGCAACAUAUUCUUCGGAAGGACUUUAUGCUGCAGCCUCCCUGGGAUUUGGAGAUUGGGAAAAAGUUCAUAAUCCAUUACACCUAUGGAUGUGACUACAACAUGAAGGGGGAGCUAACAUAUGGUAAGAUUGGGGAAUGGCGAUUUGACAAGAGAUCCCAUCUACGUGGACCACCACCUAGAAAUCUUCCAUUGCCUCCUCCAGGGGUUCCUGAAAGUGUGGUAACCCUUGUGAAGAUGGUGAACGAAGCUACUGCUAAUAUUCCCAACUGGGAUACAAAGUAGAUGUGAUUUAGUGAAUGCAAUCGAACUAGCAUAUGAAUUUUAAUUUUGAAACAAGUUUCUUGUUGUUUCACAUGAUCUCAAAUAUUUACUAUACUGUCUAGAGAAAUUCUUAUACAAAUACCUCAUGCUAUUAUUUUUUUCCUUGGGAUGCAGGCAUUGUCUUGAACUUUAAAGUAAGAAAUGCGUAGAACAGGGAGCAAUUAGAUAGAAGAAGCUUAUUAGUACUAGUUUUUGUCUCCAAUAAAGAUUUUUCAAUUAAUAGUAUAUUUUAUUUAUUUGAUUUGCCUGCUGAUAAUCAUGU